GCUCAAUAAAAAAAUAAAAAAGCCCACAUAUGAUUUGGGAGAGAUCUCCUAACAGAGAAAGAUGUUCAGCCUAAGAUCUACCGGAUGAAGCUAUGGGCCACUAAUUAAGUCCAAGUUUUGGUACUUCCUAAGGAAACUGAAGAAGGUUAAGAAGAGCAACGGACAGAUACUUGCCAUCAAUGAGAUUUUUGAGAAGAACCAAGAACUACGGUAUCUGGCUGCGUUACCAGAGCCGAACCGGGUACCACAACAUGUACAAGAAGUUCCUUGAGGUACCCUUGCAUUCAGAUCAUUAAGACCGCCACUGUCCUUGCAAAGCUCUGCAAGAGAGAGAGAGAGAGAGAGAGAGCACCAAGCAGUUCCAUAUCUCCAAGAUCAAGUUCCCUCUUGUUUUGAGGAAGGUCAGGCCACCGACAAGGAAGCUCAAGACUACUUACAAGGCUCCAAAGCCCAACCUUUUCAUGUAAAACCAAUUUUUACAUGAUUCCCUACUCAUCAACCAGAUCAGAUUAGUGUUCUUGUUCCCCAGUCUCUUUAAAUUUUUUAAGUUUAGCAUUUUUAAAAACUUUCGGUAUCUUGAUAUGAUAUGAAUAUUCAAAGUUUGGCUGCUUCAGGGAAGUGUUUUACUGUAACUUACACACAACUCAUAUCUGAUAGUAUUAUUUAUUGUAUGCAUUCUCAUACCUUGUUCAUUAUGAUUAGUGCAUCUCUUCUUUAAUCAUUCAAAAUGCUUAGUGGAUCUCUUUUAGAGAUUAAAAAAAAAACAUUAGACAAUAAAAAUGCAAUUAGAUAAGGUUCAGGUGGCAAACAUUUACACGCCAUUUUCAUAAUUCAUACACUGCUCCCCACGUCACUUAACUAACAACACUGUUCUUCACAUUAAACGUGGGAGAAGUUGGUGAAUCCCUUUUGGUUUAAACUGUACAUUGUACAGUGGAACUCUCAGUGGUAGAAAAAGCUCUCAACCUGCAGAAUCUAGAGUGAGUGAGAGAAGUAGUAGAGAUGUCUUUACCACUUGUAGCAGCAGCUUUAAUUGUGGUUUUAGGAGCUGUUUUGAUAAGGGUUGUGAACUGGGUGUGGAUAACACCAAAGAAGCUGGAGAGGUACCUGAGAAGACAAGGUCUUCCCGGAACUCCUUACACGCCUCUUGUAGGAGAUAUCAAGAAGAAUAUUAAAAUGUUGAUGGAGGCAAGAUCAAAACCCAUCUCUCUAACGGAUGAUGUCAUCCCAUAUCUCCUUCCUCUUGCCUUAAAGAUGUUCAACUCUCACGGUUUUACCCAACAAAGAACAAUAAGAGGAUGAAAGCAAUAGACAAAGAGAUAGACACAAUACUGAGAGGUAUGGUGAGCAAGAGGGAAGAUGGAGAAGCAGAACACAAUGAUUUGUUGGGGAUACUUCUUGAAUCAAGUUCAGAGGAAUCUGGAGGAAAUGGUUUGAGCGUAGAAGAAGUUUUGAGAGAGUGCAAGCUGUUUUAUUUCGCAGGACAAGAGACAACUUCAGUACUCUUGGUCUGGACAAUGGUUUUACUAAGCCAUCACCAAGAUUGGCAAGAACGGGCACGAGAGGAAGUGAGACAAAUCCUCGGUGAUGAUAAUGAUACUAAACCAGAUAUAGAGUCUCUUAGCCACCUCAAAGUGGUAAGUAAAUUUUUCACCAUUUACUUUCACAACAAGACUGAACUUAUAGUUACAAGAUUGAAUACUUGAGUUUCCAUUGUCAACCAGAUGAGUAUGAUCUUCUAUGAGGUUCGGAGCCAUCUCAUCCUCCACAAGCUCUGAUUCUUAUUUUUGUAUUUCCAUGGUGGUAUCAUCAACUGUGUUUUUUUUUUCUAUAAAGUGUUUAUGAAUGUAAAUGAUGGUACUUCAAAAAUAAUGUUAAAGGGAAGUAGUGUUUACUGUAACUCAACUCUGAUGUUCUGUAGGUGCAAUCCCAUCACUUAACCGACAACGCGGCGUCUGAUGCACACGCAAUACCCUUCACCUCCAAAAAAGUUAAGUUCAUUAUGAUUAGUGGUUCUCUUUUUUUAUUAUUAUCAAAAAGCUUAAUGUGGAUCUCUUUUGAUGAUUAAAAAAUUGCAAUUAUCCAAUUAGGUAAGAUUCAGGUGGUAAACCUUUACACGCCAUUUUCAUAAUUCAUAUAUAAAAGCUGCUUUACAUGUCACUUAACAAAAUACACUACCCUUGGCAGAAGAGCUGAGAGCAGUUGGUGUAUCUCUUUUGAAGAUUUAAUGAUUAAAAAAAGCGUCUGCAAUAAAGAUAGAAAACCUCUAAGCAUUGACAAUAGCUCCACUGGUGGCAAAGCAUUUGAACUGUACCAGUGAGUGAAGGAAGUGGAUAUGUCUUUACCAGUAGUAGCAGCAGCUUUGAUGGUGGUUUUAGCAUUUUUCUUGACAAGGGUUGUGAACUGGGUAUGGAUAAAACCAAAGAAGCUAGAGAGCUACCUGAGAAGACAAGGUCUCCCUGGAACUCCUUACACGCCUCUUGUAGGAGAUGUUAAGAGGAAUGUUAAUAUGUUGAUGGAGGCAAGAUCAAAACCCAUCACUCUGACAGAUGAUAUCACUCCACGUCUCCUUCCUCUUGCCUUGAAGAUGUUCAACUCCCACGGAAGGACGUUCUUCAUAUGGCUUGGACCAGUUCCAACAAUCAUGAUAACGAAUCCAGAGCACAUCAAGGAAGUCUUUAGUAAAGUGUACGAUUUUGAGAAGAAUGCUUCAUUCCCUUUGGUCAAACUGUUAGUAGGCGGGCUUGCUAGCUAUAAGGGAGAUAAGUGGGCUAGACACAGAAGGAUCAUCAACCCCGCUUUUCACCUUGAGAAGAUCAAGAACAUGGUCCCUGCGUUCUACCAUUGUUGCAGCGAGGUUGUUGGCAAAUGGGACAAGUUAGUGUUGGAUAAAGGGUUGUCUUGUGAGGUGGAUGUUUGGUCUUGGCUUGUGAGUAUGACUGCGGAUGUGAUCUCUCAUGCUGCUUUUGGAAGCAGCUAUAGAGAAGGACAGAGGAUAUUUGAGCUCCAAGGUGAACUAUCUUCUCUCAUAGCACAAGAGCUUAAGAAGCCUUACAUCCCUGGACUGAGUUUUUUCCCAACAAAGAAAACCAAGAGGAUGAAAGCAAUAGACAAAGAGAUAGACAUAAUACUGAGAGGUAUGGUGAGCAAGCGGGAAGCUGGAGAAGCAGAAAACAAUGAUUUGUUGGGGAUACUCCUUGAAUCAAGUUCAGAGGAAUCUGGAGGAAGUGGAAUGAGUGUAGAAGAGGUGAUGAGAGAGUGUAAGCUGUUUUAUUUCGCAGGACAAGAGACAACUUCAGUACUAUUGGUCUGGACAAUGAUUUUGUUAAGCCAUCACCAAGACUGGCAGGAACGGGCGCGAGAGGAAGUGAGGCAAAUACUCGGUGAUAACAUUAAUACAAAACCUGAUAUAGAUUCUCUUAACAACCUCAAAGUGAUGACUAUGAUCUUCUAUGAGGUUUUGAGGCUAUACCCUCCAGUGGCUGAGCUUAGAAGAACUGUAAACAAAGAAAUGAAGCUAGGAGAGAUUACACUUCCAGCUGGUGUUAGAGUUUAUAUACCAACUGCUCUUGUUCACCGUGACCCUGAUCUUUGGGGGGAGGAUGCAGGGGAGUUUAAGCCGGAGCGUUUCAAAGACGGUAUCUCGAAAGCAACAAAGAACCAGGUCUGUUACUUACCCUUUGGAUGGGGACUGAGGAUUUGCAUUGGUCAGAACUUUUCUCUGUUGGAGGCAAAGAUGGCAAUGGCAUUGAUUCUACAGAGAUUCUCCUUUGAGCUCUCUCCUUCUUAUGUUCACUCGCCUCAAAUAGUCAUGACCACUCGUCCUCAAUUCGGAGCACAUCUCAUCCUCCACAAGCUAUGAUAUGCUUUUUUUGUAUUUCCAUGGUGGUGUCAUCAAGAAUAAAGUGUGCUUAUGUAUUAUUUACUUGUUGUAAAAUAAGAGUAAGGAAACGUUAAUUGAAGAUUUGUAAUUUUUUUUUGCUCAAGCUAUCAGUUUAUGUUACCUACCA